GGAUGCAACAGUUGAUUUUCGCUUGCUGUGCUUGUCGGGACGACGGAGAUCCUCGUGGAAUCAGAGACUGUUGCGUGUGAACGGGUUCGGGUUGGUGGCUUGCUUUAUUGCAGUGAUUUCAAGUGGUGCUUCGGAAAGGAUAUAAAACUCAUCGAGGAUUUUGUUAUUUUUUCGAAAUAACAUUGUAACGGACGAUUUGUGAUUUUUGAACGAUGAGUGGCUCUGGAAAAGGAUUACUCGGAUUAUGGCUGUACCACAGUGGCGAGCAGGAGUGGACCGUUAAGGAGGGCAGUCCUUUGCACAAGCGGAAAGAAUUUGCUGAAAGCAAACAAAUAGACUGCAGCAAUGGCAACGGAGCCAGCCCGCGAUCCGACAAAACGUCCAUCAUUUUCACUUUGAAGAACCAAGUCGGCGGUUUAGCACGUGCUCUUCAAGUAUUCCAGGAACUAGGAAUCAAUGUGCUGCAUGUGGAGCUCAACAAAUCUGGUGAACCAUGCGAACAGGCAGACGUUUUGGUCGACAUUGAAUGCGAUGCCAGCCGCAUGGAACAGGUUCUACGGAUGCUGAAGCGCGAGGUUUACAAUGUCAGUUUUGCGGCCCCUGUGGCUAGCGAUGGUCCUCCACCGACUCCGCUGUCCGCCUGUGGCAGUUUCGAUUUCGGGGAAAUGCAUUGGUUUCCGAGAAAAAUAUCCGACCUGGACCGCGCCCAAAACGUGCUGAUGUAUGGUGAUGAGCUGGACGCAGAUCAUCCCGGUUUCAAGGAUCCAGUUUAUCGCAAGCGACGGGAACAAUUUGCUGCAAUUGCCAACUCAUACAAGCAUGGCAAUCCAAUUCCGAGGGUUCAGUACACACCGGAAGAGAUCAAGACAUGGGGCACAGUGUUUCGUGAGUUGCACAAGCUGUACGUCAAGCAUGCAGUGCCGGAGUACAUGGAAAAUUGGCCGGAGCUAGUAAAGUACUGCGGCUACCGAGAGGACAAUCUCCCGCAGCUGCAGGAUAUCAACGUGUUUCUCAAGAGGAAGACCGGCUUUCAGAUUCGACCCGUCGCUGGCUAUCUUUCCCCAAGAGAUUUCCUUUCCGGGCUGGCAUUUCGCGUUUUCCACUGCACUCAGUAUAUCCGGCACUCGUCCGAUCCGUUCUACACUCCGGAACCCGACUGCUGUCACGAGCUUUUGGGCCACAUGCCGCUACUGGCCAAUCCAAGCUUUGCGCAGUUUUCACAGGAAAUCGGGUUGGCCUCGCUUGGAGCUACGGAUGACGAUAUUAACAAGUUGGCUACGCUAUACUUUUUUACGGUGGAGUUCGGAUUGUGUCGCCAGAAGGAUGGCACUUUUAAGGUGUUUGGAGCGGGACUGCUGUCAUCGGUGGCCGAACUACAACAUGCUAUCACCACAACUGAUAAGAUUAAAAGAUUUGAUCCGGAUGUGACGUGUAAGGAGGAGUGCAUCAUAACGGCCUACCAGAAUGCUUACUACUACACGGAUUCGUUUGAGGAAGCCAAGGAGAAAAUGAGGGCCUUUGCCGAAAACAUUCAACGACCGUUUGGAGUCCGCUACAAUCCGUACACGCAAACGGUGGAGGUGCUGAGCAACGCCAAAAAGAUUACAGCUUUGGUUAGUGAACUCCGUGGUGAUCUGAGCAUUGUGUCGUCAGCACUCAAAAAAGUGUCGGCAAUGGAUGACAAUUUGGACGUGGAGUCCAUCGAGAAGCUCUUGUCUAGUAGUUUGCAUGUUGGUGACAAGAGUCCCAAUUCAGAAAGUUCCGAUUCCUCCGGUAAGGCGACCACUCCGAACCAGUAAGAAUACAUGUCAUAAUGCAUGCUAUGCACUACAACUGACCUUCUCUUGAUGUAUAAU